GGGGCCCCAAUUCAGAGCCAACACAGUCACAGAGUAGUUCAGUAGCAACAGUUCUCUCCCUCUAGAAACGAACCAAAAUUCCCAGUAAACCAAAUUCAAUAUAUACACACAUAUAUAUAUAGCCAUUGUGCGCUGAUUGUGUGGGUAAGGUAUAUAGAUGUCGAAGGCAACCAAGCUGCGAUUCGCACUGAUCACCGAGGAUGCGCUGGACAAGCUGCGGCCUCGCUCCCAGUCGGAAAGUGCGCGUUCCAAGUACAUGAACGACAUCUACGUGGCCAUCAGGACGGCGGUCAACGAGGUGGUGGACGAGAAGAUGCUGCAGCUGAACGCCACCGUCAAUCGAAUGGUCGAGGAGCGGGUGACCAGCAUACUGCAGCACCAGUUGCUCAAGGGCUCGUUGCCCGCACGCAGUGGCUCCGUGGGCAGGAAGAGGGAUAUGGAUUCCCUACUAACCAGCAAGGAUGGCAAGGACAAGGCAGCUAGGCCAGCCGCGCCAGUUGAAUCCAUCAGCUCACUGCGAUUUUCCAAUCUCAAAUACGGUCGCAGCAAGAAGCACAAUGCCACCAAGGACCACGUGACCUUCGCCCCCGACGAGCAGCUGGCCAAGAGAACGCGGGCCAAGGCGCAGAAGAUCACCGUGAUGCCCAUCCAUCGCGAGAACCAGCUGAAGGGCACCUCCUCCAACAGCGACAGCAACCAGAACCACAACCAGAAUCCACCUCCUGCGCCACUCAGCAUGGAUCACAACAAGCUGGAUGAGGACGACUACGACAACUUCUCCGACGUGGAGGAGCCCUCCAUCCUCAGCAUGGCGGCCAAGUAUCUCAAGAAGCUCGAGGAUGCCCGCCGUCGCAAGCAUCUGCAGUAGCCCCAGCAUAGUGGUACCCUGUACUUCAAGUUCUUUUGGAUCAAAGUAGUAGCAUAGUAGUACCCUGUACUUCAAGUGGUUUCGGAUCAAAGUAGUAGCAUAGUGGUACCCUGAACUGCAAGUUGUUUUGGAUCAAAGUAGUAGCAUAGUAGUACCCUGUACUUCAAGUUGUUUUGGAUCAAAGUAAUAGCAUAGUAGUACCCUGUACUGCAAGUUGUUUUGGAUCACUUCCUCGUAUUCCUUACCUCGUCUCAAUUCUUGAAGUGAGCAUUAAACAAUGGGCAUGGCUAGAAUGAGUAAAUAAAUUAAGUUAGUGAAAUA